ACCGUUGCUACCAAUGGAACCACUACCCAUUGCUGGAAUAUGGCGACAAGAAUUUCUAGCACAGACAAGGCCACUGAGCAAAAGGGCCUCAAAUGUACAUUCUUGACUAAGAGCACACUAGAGUCUGGCACUUUUAGGAUACCCAGGGAAUUCUCCUAAGUGACAAACACUGGUUGCUGUAGAGAUGGCUGCCCUCUUGGGAUGCAGCCAAGCCCCUGUGUUGCAAGGAGACAGUUUAACAGCUAUCAGCACAGACUCAGAGCUUUAGAUUUUCCUAAUUUUUUCAUUUAAACAGCUGAGGAUUUUACUGGGUCCUGUUUAAAAGUGAAGGAACAAAGCCCACAAUGGCCUGUUCUUGGGAGCAACAUGAGAAGUCUUGAUGAGGAAGGUUCCAAGGAGAAGUCAGAGAGUGAAAACACCAGCAUAAGCCUCAGCUGCCUCAGCCCGGACACAUGUCGAGAGUUUCUCCAGGGUAAAAUGGUCUCUUUGCCCUUCCAGCCAUCCAGUCUGGUCCGAAUCUUCAUCAGCUCAGCUUCCUCAGACAUGGCUACAGAAAGAGAGAUCCUGCUUGAGGCAGCAUACCCUGAAAUCCAGGCCUUCUGUCAGAAGCACAGCUUAAUGUUUGAGGUAAUUGACUUGAGAUGGGGUGUUUGUGACGUUAUAGACAUUGAUCACAUGAGCACACAACUCUGUCUGGAGGAGAUUGAAUCCUGCCAGGAACUGUCAGUGGGUCCCAGUUUUAUCGGGCUGCUUGGAAAUCACUAUGGACACAGACCCAUCCCCCGUCUUAUUGAAGAGGAGGAGUUUGAGGCCCUGACUGCACAGCUGACAGGGGACCCCACUGCCACACAUCUCCUGACAUUUUGGUACUGGAAGGAUGAGAACGCCAUUCCUUCCAUGUAUGUCCUGCAGCCAAUUACUGACCACCUGCCCCACAGCCACCCUGCUGCCAACCAGGCUCAGCACCAGGAGAAUGUGGAGGUCUGGAGGAGCAUGGAGAAAGACUUGGCCUCGGCACUGCGCCUGGCAGCCUGGAAAGCAGAGAAGCAGGGACUCAUCAGCCAUGAGCAAAGGCAUCGCUAUAACAAAUCAGAGACAGAGUGGGAGAUUGAACACGGCCUCCUCAAUACCCAAGAGACUGAUGUGGCUGCUUCCAUAUUCCUCAGAGAGGUUGAGGGCCUUGACAAACACUUGCUGGAAGAGACAAGCACACAGCCGGUGGAUACAGAGGAAAACGGCAGCCUGGACAAUGAAGCCCAACAGCUUCUCCGCAGCCUCAAGGCAAAAAUUGCAAGCCAUUACCCCCAGCACCUCAAAGUGCACACAGUCCCACGGAAUGUAUACCCUGGGAAUCCCCAAAACAAGGGGUAUACCAAGUACCUGAAUGAGCUGUGUGAACAAUUCAUUACUGCCACCAAUCACCAGAUCCUGGAAAGUCUCCGAUACCGAGGGAAAGGCAGCGAGGAGCCAGAGGGGUUUUUGCAGGAGUUGAGCCACCACAUGAAGCUGUGCUUGGAGAGCUGCAGAGUGUUCUGUGGGAGGCAGGACUUACUGGAUAACAUUUUACAAAGCAUCAGACAGAGUGAUGAGCAGGUCCACACACCCCUCACUCUCUAUGGGCUUCCAGGCUGUGGAAAGACAGCCCUGAUGUGUAAACUGUCUGAGCAAGUGCGGACUCUCCUGGGGCAGGAGACUGUAGUGGUAAUUCGCCAGUUGGGGACAUCCCAGCUUAGCUCUGCAAUUCAUAGCUUACUAAGGGACAUUUGUUUCCAGGUGUGUUUAGCAUUUGGCUUGCCACCUCUUCCUGUCCAGGCUACACAGGCUUGCAGUGAUUUAAUCCUGUUUUUCCAUAACCUCCUCCUCACUGUCUCUCACUUUGGUAGGCAGUCACUGGUGUUGUUCUUUGACUCUGUGGACCAGCUAAGCCCUACUGACGGUGCCCACAGACUCUGCUGGCUGCCUAAAGACUGUCCCCCAAAGGUUCACAUCGUUAUCUCCACGUCCCCAGCAGAGCAUGGGAUUCUGGAAACUCUCCGAGAGACCAUGUCUGCGCCUGAGGCCUACUUUGAAGUGGGUCCAUUAUCCAGAGAGGAAGGUGGGAAGAUGUUGGAGGUGCUGCUGGCAUCAGUGAGACGGAAGCUAAGCCCAGCUCAGCAGACUGUUCUCCAGCACAGCUUCCCUCAGGGUGGGCAUGCCCUGCUAUUGAAGAUAGUCUUCAAUGAGGCCAGGAGAUGGGCAUCCUACACUCUGCCCUCAGCACUGACAAUUGCUACCACAGCCCAGGAAGCCAUGCACCAUCUGUGCAGACGGCUGGAAAAGCUGCAUGGCAUGGUCUUGGUGGCACAUAUGCUGGGCUAUAUUGCCUCCUCACGGAAUGGGCUAUCAGAUGCAGAGCUGAAGGAUAUCUUGUCCCUGGAUGACGAAGUUCUCUCUGAGAUUUACCAGCACUGCUCUCCUCCAUGUAAAACCAUCCUGCGCUUUCCUCCUCUGCUGUGGGCGCGACUGCGCCGUGACAUUGGAGAGUGCUUGGCAGAGAGGCAGGCAGACGGCUUUACACUUCUUGGCCUUGCUCACAGACAGUUCACUGAAGUGGUAAAGAAUCGUUAUCUACUGGCCCAAGACCAAACCAAGCGUCACUUGCUCCUAGCAGAUUUCUUCAGGGGGACUUGGAGCUGGGGCGUGAAGAAGCCUCUUACGCUACCACUUCUUGGCAAAUCUCUGAAUGCUGACAGGAAGGUAGCACCUCAGCCACUCUGGUUCUCUGGUACCACUGCAAAUCGGAGGAAGCUGAGUGAACUGCCUUUUCACUUACUCAAUGCUGGGAGAAUUGAGGAGCUAAAGCAAGAUGUACUCGGGAAUAUGAACUGGAUCAUCUGUAAAAUUGUUGCCACUGGAAUUCAGGGCAUUGUCAAUGACUUUGCUAUGUGCAAUGAACGUAUUAACUGCCCAGAGCUGCAUCUUGUGCAAGACACCCUUCUCCUUUUGAAACCAGCACUUGCUUAUAUAGAUGGUGAUAUAGGAGUGAGUAUUAUAUACACUGAGGUGCUGGCCAGACUGUAUGAUUUCAUGCUUCCCUAUCCUGACCUAAUUGGAAAGCUGUGCCAGCAGUGUAUGAGCUGGCUCAAUGCCUGUCCCCAUCCUGUUCUUAUCCCGCUGUGUGGAUUCCUCCAGCCACCUGGUGGGCUUCUUAAGAUGACACUCACUGGAUUUCUAAAAGGUGUCACAGUGUUGGAGCUCAGUUCUGAUCGCAGGUUGUUGGUGGCAGGAUCCCAGGAUGGCACAAUGGUUGUGUGGAUCAUGGAGGAUAUUGAGGUUAUGCACACCUUGACUGGGCACUCUGCUGAGGUGAGGUGUGUGAAAGUGUUUGGAAAAGGGACGUGUGCUGUCUCAGCUGCCAUGGAUUACACUCUACGCAUCUGGAAUUUAGUCUCUGGCAGACAGAAGUUUUCCAUUCAGGACAGUCACUCUGGAGAACAGCAUCUCUAUCAGCUUCACGUGGAUGAAAGGAAUAGGAUUGUUUAUUCAGCAUUAGGUGCAAAGGUUAAUGCCUGGCACCUGGAAACAGCAGAACAUAUAUUCCAGAUCUCUGGGGAGGCCCCAGCUGCGUGGCUGUGCACUGCAGUGUUUGAACCAAGGCGAGUGGUUAUGACUGUGUCUGAAGGAGGAAUGCUGAGUCUGUGGGACAGCAGCACUGGAGAGCUCCAGUAUAAGUGCCAGCUGUCAGAGCUACAGGAAGAAGCACCAACUUGCAGCGUUCUGAUCCAGAAGCAAGGAAAGAUGAUAGCAGGAUUUAGCAGGGGUUCCCUCUCCAUGAUCUUCUCUAAUGGAAACACCUUAAUGGAGAAACUACCUGGAAGGGUUCGCUUUCUGGUGGUGUCAGAAGAUGAGUCCCUUCUUGCUGCAGGCUUUGGGGUGUAUGUGCGAGUGUUCCUGACCAAUUCAAAGGGAUUCCACAGGUUCAUAACAGCAGACCUGGAACACGAAGGUGUGGUGCACACAGCUGUUUUCUCUCCUGACAACAACAUCAUUGUCACAGGAUCUCAGGGUGAAUCUAUCCUGGUGUGGAGUUUAUCAGAGCAGGGUUUGCUGACAGACAUUCUGGAUGGCAUGGGAACACCGGUGACUCUCUUAGCCCUGUGUGGCGACACAUUGGUAUCUGCCUCCCACAUGGCACCAUAUCUCAAAGUCUGGGACCUCACUUAUGAUCAUAAACGCAAAACCUUAGCACGAGUCCCAGAUCGCACAGGGUACAUUGCAGUGUCCCAUGGUGGGAACUAUAUCUACUUCCCUCAAGCUGGAGAGCGACAUAAAAUCAUCAUCUGGGACUCCACUGAAGGUGCAGAGUGUGACACACUGGACACCUCUUCCCAAGUGAGCUGCCUAGAGGUGGCUGAGCAGAAGGAGCUCCUUUUCACUGGGCUGGUGUCUGGAACAGUCCUUGUGUUUCCACUCAAUUCCAGGCAGGAUGUGGUGUGCAUCCCACCCCCAGAGUCACAGAAACAAGUCAAUCACAUGGCACUCAACAGGCAGGAAGAACAGCUGGCCAUAGCAUAUGAUGACUUAGUUCUUGUGCUGGAUGUUAGCCCUGGAAAGCCAUGUCCUGUGAUUGACAAGCCCAUUUACACCUUUUAUACUCAGAUGCCUGCUGCUGUGAUCUCCAGCGUGGCUGUCCUUGCAAACUACCGUGUCCUCUAUGGCAUGUCAAGUGGAGACUUGUUCCUUUAUGAUUGCCUUCAUUCCAAAAUAUUUCCUUUGGAAGUGCACAGAUGCAAAGUCACCUGUUUAGAAACCAGCUAUGGAGAACAAUGGGCACUAAGUGGCUCUGAGGAUUCUCUGCAGUGUCUCUGGGACUUGGCGCUUUGCCAGUGGCAACAUGAAAUGUGCUAUUAUAAGACUUCCUUCUUGAAAGGUAUUCAGUGUGCUUGCUUCUCGAAAGAUGAUAAGUACUUGUACACUGCGUCAUUCGAUCACUCCAUUACAGUUUGGGAUGUUUUAAGUGGUAGCCUGUUGGCUGUUCAAUAUGCAUAUGCAACUGUUAACAAAAUUGUGCCAACUGCAGAUGGAUUUGUUGCAACAACAAGACUCGGCCACAUAAUUCGUGAGCGGUUCCGUUGCCCACGAUCCAUAAGCUCACAGUACAAUCCACUCCACCACUUCAAGGCAACAUGUGUAGUAAAAUCCAGAAAUAAAGAGGUUGUAAACCCAAGAGAGCAACAUGAUUUAGGAAAAGCCUCCAGGAACCAGAUUCAAACCAGUAAACUCUCUCAAAUCUGUGUAAUCGUGUAAAAUUGGUGAAAU